AUGUUAACACAAAUUCUUCGUCAGUUUUCUAAUCAAGCUGGUGAACAAGCCAGUCAACUGAUGGCUAUACCGCUAGCUGGUCGCCACAUUGUUGACUUGUUGACAAAUGGCAAUCGUCUUGAACCCUUAAUUGUCACACCUUAUCAUUGGCCCGAUCUCGACGGUAUUGCAUCUUGUCUUGGCCUACGUGAACUCCUUUCUGACGGUUUUAAAUACAAAAUGUGUCGAUCGAUGAUUUGGAACGAGCCACAGCUCGAAGCUCGUUGGAUCAUGAAACAAUUUUCUAUUGAUAUACCACAACUGCACGAUAUUACCGACAAUGAUCGAUUCGUAUUAGUCGAUGUCAGCGAUCCACAUGAUAUUCCAGCAUUUAUCCAGUAUGACAAAGUCAAAUUUAUAAUCGAUCAUCGUCUAUGCUAUGAUACAACUCUAUUCAAGGCAGCUACUGUGUGGAUUGAACAAACGGGGUCAGCCGCCACGUUGAUUGGUCUCUUAUGUCGACAGACUAAUUAUCAACCGACUCAAGUGGUGGCUAACCUGUUAUACUUAGCCAUCAUGUCAAAUACGAUCAAAGGCAAGAGCCACAAUACAACUCAUUUUGAUGUAUCUAUUUUGGCCUGGCUUCACACACUCAUCAGUAUUAAUGAUGCAUUUGUCGACGAGAUGUUUCGAGCUAAGUCUGCAAUAGACAGCAUUGACAAAGCUAUUGAUGACGACAUGUCAUCAAAAUUGACGCCAAUAGAUGGUAAACAAGUUGCUAUUGGUAAAUAUGUUAAUACUAACGAGGGAACAUUCCGAAGUGAUAUGCCCCGUUUGUCUUCAUAUUAUGCCCAGAGGCUGGGCUCAAAGUGACAACUCGAACUUGUCGAUGCUUAUGCAUUUCUUGUCAAGAACAAAUCAGCAGUACUCAAAGCGCUUGACAGUAUUCGCUGUGCUCGUGGUGCAGAUGCCAUCUUUUUAAGUGUCAUUGAUACCAUCAUUGGCCACACCUAUUUUGUGUUUACUGAUGAACAUAUAGCUGCUAAAGUCAAACGGGCUCUUAAUCUUCUCCAUCAAAAGAAUGGUGAUUAUUUCUACGAGUGUAAUGAUGUUUUUAUUCGUAAAGAAAUCAUUCCUCUAGUUAUGGACCAACAAAAAGCAUGA